AUGAUUCCCGGAGAGCUAGAAGAAAAUGACACCAAUACCGCCAACCAAGAGCCAGAAGUAAUCGUCCAAAAAGUCCGUAGUAAAUCGGGAAACAUUUCAUAUAUGCCAUCUUCCAAAUCUAUCGUUGAAGACCUGACUCCCGGCCUCUCCAACGAAGAUCUGUGGAUGCUCAUCCGUCGGUUCAACAAGCAAAUCUACUACGUCAAAGCCACGCACGAAACCACGCAGCAGGACCUGGAUCUCAAUCGCGCAGAAGAUGAGCAAUUCCCACCGGAGAAACUGCGCAUGACACUGGAACGAUUUUAUACCUCUGUUAUUGUGGGAUUCACCAAUCUAUCCAGCCAUAUUGUGAUGGUCCGGUCAUGGAAGGAGCCUCGACGAACAUCUGUCUUUUGUGCUGUUGACUCCACGGAAGACAACGUUAAUGACCAGCCUCGUGGAAGCGAUAGGAUUACUGGGGCAUCGGAGAAAUACAAAGGCGAGGCAGUGGAGCAAGAAGCCAGUAAUCUAGUCAAUAGCAUUGCCAAUGUGGCCAUGGAGAGCGCCGCGGGAAAAUACGGCCAGUCUAUAAAAGAGGGCACGACAGAGUCUCCACCAGACCCAGAAGACACUCUGGAUGAGGCAAUGUCCGCAGAUGCGCCAGAUCAUGGUGUUUUACAUGACAAAGCGAAGAAGCCUAUGAGGAAGAAGGUGUCAGCUGCCGCGGAUCGGAGUAUGCGUCUCAUUAGCGAUAUUACGGAUGUUUAUGAGCGAUUUGCCAAUGUGCUAUCUCCAACACCUCCUUUCUAUGCCGUCAGGGCGCGUCUGCGACUUAUAGGACUAUUGCUCUGCGUAUCGAUCGCUUCGCGGUUUAUCUUGAGCCAUGUCAUUGUUAAGAGUGCUACGUUUCUGUUCGGUCUGGUUAUCUUCGGUGAUCCACUCUUCCAGCAGACAAUAGACUAUCUGAACCGGAACCAUCCAAACUGGAAAGACUAUUUCAACUUACAAAGAUCCCUCCUACAAGACGUCCCCACCAACGCCCAAUUAACACUUACCCUUCUGCGCAUCGGCGAACUUAACUCCUCUCCACUACCACCACCUCCUUCUACCUCCGCAACCAAAAACACACCCUUACCAACCGAAUCACCGAAUCAACAUCCCGCCCAGGACAUCAACAAACCUAAACAAAAAUGGGCAGUCAAGGUUCUCCGCCUUCUGCGUCGCACAAUAUCCACAGCAAUAAAAGGCCACAUCGCAGUCGAUCGCGCCAUAUCGAUCGUCAACUCCACCCACACACAAAGUUUGGUCCGCAUGUUGCGUACAAAAAGCUGGGUUUCUGCGCAGUCGGGCCCGCUGAUAUUCGACGCCAAGUUUGAACGCAGGCGCGGGACAGUAGUUAUUGACUCGUCUGGGGACCCACCGGUGCUGUAUUUUACGAUGUGUAGCUCGGCAAUGAUGGAUGAUUUGCGCGUGGGGAGUCAGAAGAAAGGGUCUGUCCUAUUCCAGUUACCUGUUACGGAUAUACGGGCACUGAAGAAGACAGAGGGGCUCGGGUGGAAGGGGAAGUUGAUUGUCGAGUUGGCAGUGGGGAGUAAAGGAAGCGGCUGA